AUGAAUUAUGACAAAGCAUUGAAAAUCUUCUUAAACGCUCUUCCACCCGAUCACCCUGAUAUCGCCAACACAUAUAACAAUAUUGGUAUUGUGCAGCGGAACAAAGGUGAAUAUGAUUUAGCUUUGAUGAAUUAUGACAAAGGAUUGAAAAUCUUCUUAAAAGCUCUUCCACCCGAACACCCUGAUAUCGCCAGCACAUAUAACAAUAUCGGUGCGUUACACCAGAACAAAGGUGAAUAUGAUUUAGCUUUGAUGAAUUAUGACAAAGCAUUGAAAAUCAAAAUAAAAGCUCUUCCACCCGAUCACCCUGAUAUCGCCAGCACAUAUAACAAUAUCGGUGCGUUACACCAGAACAAAGGUGAAUAUGAUUUAGCUUUGAUGAAUUAUGACAAAGCAUUGAAAAUCUACUUAAAAGCUCUUCCACCCGAUCACCCUGAUAUCGCCAACACAUAUAACAAUAUUGGUGCGUUACACCAGUACAAAGGUGAAUAUGAUUUAGCUUUGAUGAAUUAUGACAAAGCAUUGAAAAUCAGAAUAAAAGCUCUUCCACCCGAUCACCCUCAUAUCGCCCAAACAUAUAACAAUAUCGGUGCGUUACACCAGUACAAAGGUGAAUAUGAUUUAGCUUUGAUGAAUUAUGACAAAGCAUUGAAAGUCAGAAUAAAAGCUCUUCCACCCGAUCACCCUGAUAUCGCCGACACAUACCGUAAUAUGGGACUCGUGCAUGAAGCAACUCGUGCUUGGCAAUCAGCAUUAGAAUAUCAUAACAAAGCAGCAGGAAUAAGACGCAAGUCAUUCGCAACAACGCAUCCGCAGAUGGUUACCACUGAGAGCGACAUUCGAAGAGUGAAAGCUCAACUAAAGUAG